AUGUUGCCUUCAUUUUCGUGGGCUGCGGUGCGCUGUCAAACCGACAACCAGCCUCCAUUCAACGUCCACAACCGCUUCAAACAUCCUCGUCGUGUUGGUGCUGUUGUCGCCCGUGUCUGCCCGUCGAUCCUUGACCGCAUCACCUUCCUGCGCCGAGCGCCUGUCACUGCCCGGACGCCCAACAUGGGCAAACUCACAUCCACCAUCGGCAUUCCGAUCAAGCUGCUCAAUGAGGCACAGGGCCAUGUAGUGACUUUGGAACUCACAUCCGGUCAAGUUUACCGAGGAAAGCUGCUUGAAGCCGAGGAUAACAUGAACGUCCAACUCAAAGACAUCACGGCCACAGCGCGCGACGGCCGAGUGUCGCAUCUUGACCAGGUCUACAUCCGAGGCAGCCACGUCCGCUUCUUCAUCGUCCCUGACAUGCUUCGAAAUGCGCCUAUGUUCAGAUCGAGGGGUACCAGAGGCCGUGGUGUCGGCCUGGCAAGAGGAAGAGCUACGGUUAACCGGGCGAGGGCAGGAAGGAGGAAUUAA